ACGUACAUGUUUUAUCCAGACCUUCGAAUCGAUGAGCCAUGCGGCUGGGAAGGGAUGCGGCACUACGUGGUGCGCCCUGGAGUGUCGCUAGUGUUCUUGGGAUUCUUGAAAUCAUGGAUAAUGAUGAUCUAUAGAGAUACAUGGAUGGCUCAGGGGGGGUGAGAUGGCUAGACUUGUGACGUCGUCUGCACGUAGCUGCCACAAGCAGCAUCCUGGCGCCAGCGGCCGGUGCACGGCAUGGCGUUGAUCGCGAGCCCUCUCGAUGAUGGGAUGGGGAUGGAUCGUCCCCUCAAGUUCAAGCUGAGUGUUACUCGGGGUGAACAAUGUGCGUUCGACCAUCGCACAUUGAUAGUUGGAGAUAUCGGAGGUUAUCGAUAUCGUUGAUCAAUGUUUGACUAGGCUACUGGCUUGGCAAUCCAUGGUGGCAUCAAGACCUACAUCGAGGAGUUCCAGCCCCAAAUCCUGGAUAGGGAAGAACAUAUGCGCGAACAGGAUGGACCUGCAUCGAUUCGAAUUGAUUAUUGCAAUUGGAUUGAGAUUUUCAUAGAUUUUCUAAUUUGGCGGCCUGAGGGCAAAUGGAUCAUCGAGUGGAACCGGGAGGAAGGUGUCUGGGUUGAAUUGGGCAAAUACACCUCAAUAUUCUGCAACUUUGGGUUCGAACCCCUUCUCAAAAGAUAAAUUUCUAAGCGCUAGGGAAAAUCAUACCUCGAUCGAUCUUCAGGCGAGUGUCUUUGAGAAAGACCUGGUGUUCAACUAUGACUAUGAGGUGAUCAAGGAGGUGCUGAUGUCCAUCCAUGUCAUGGUGUGCUCCCACACGUGUUGCCGCAAGGGAUCCCGCCCCUGAAGGACUUUGAGGGCGCCUUCGUCUACACCACUGCGGUGCACAACUUCCAUGUGGAGCUGCACCACGUGCGGGGUGGCAAGAAGAAGAUGCGAGAUCUUUGGCCUAAUGUGGGCCCCAAAUAAUGUGAUUUCCAGAAAAAAUCCUAGAAAUCUUGAUUUGAAUUAGACAUGAAAGGAAAGGAAAGGAGAUUGAAGGAAAGGAAAAGAAAUGAAAGGAAAGGAAAGGACAUUGAAAGGACAAUGAAAGGAAAGGAAAGGAAAUUGAAAGGACAAUGAAAGGAAAUUGAAAGGACAAUGAAAGGAAAGGAAAAGACAUGAAAGGAAAGGAACGGAUUUUGAAAGGACAAUGAAAGGAAAGGAAAGGAAACCUAAAGGACUUGUAAAGGAAACCACAAAAAGAACCAGCCAAAAAGUGUUUAGUAGUAUUUGAGGUCUUGAGUAAUUGAAGGUUUGGGCUGCUUGUGGGGGGUGGUCUUUGUGGGUUGAUUUCAGGUUGGAAAUUGCAACGCCCAAAUAAGCAAAUUUAAAAGAAACAUGCAGCCCACAGCCGUCCGCUGCACCACCACCCUGGCGCAGAACGUUGAGGGUGCCUUCAUUGGCGCGUGAUGCUCUUGGUUCGACUCAAGCUGCCCCACUUUACCCAGGCAAUACCCCAAGCCCGAGCUCGACCUACAUCCUCACCUUACCAAAGCCAGGCAGUUCCCCAAACCCAAGCAAAAGCUUCAGUGGCUGCCCCAUCUUUCCACAGAGAUCCACUGGCCGUCCCAUCCCAGCCAAAUCACCAAGCCGGUUCAUCGCAUCCAUGUCAGGCAAGCCACCAAGCCCAAGGACAAGAUCCACUGGCAAACUCAUGGCAGGCAAAUCACCAAGCCCAAGGACAAAAUACACUGGCCGGAUCAUCGCAUCCAUCGCAGGCAGCCCACCAAGCCCAAGGACAAGAUCCGCUGGCCGGUUCAUCGCAUCCAUGGCGCGCAAACCACCAAGCCCAAGGGCAAGAUCCCCUGGCUGGUUCAUCGCGUCCAUGGCUGGCAAACCACCAAGCCCAAGGGCAAGAUCCCAUGGCCGGUUCAUCGCAUCCAUGACAGGGCAAGAUCCCAUGGCCCGUUCAUCGCAUCCAUGGCAGGCAAACCACCAGGCUCAAGGGCAAGAUCCGCUGGCUGGUUCAUCGCAGGCGGCAUUGCCCAGAGGACUGGCUGGGCCGCAACACGAGGGGCACUAGUACUGUACGCGAUGUUUUCUUCUCGACGUGAAUACGAAAGGCUUGUGAGGGGCCAGUACCGCAAAAGAGGCGGCAGUCAGGCCAAGGCAUCUUCGCGGCGCUGAGGUGAAAAACAUAGCUGUUCACGUGCUGUGAAUGGGCGGCCCAGCUAGACAGAGACACGUGUAUACUCAUGACCUGGGCGGCCCAAUGGGCCGCCACCAGCUACACAUAGGCACAUGUAUGCUCAUGACAUGGGCGGCCCAAUGGGCCGCCAGUAGCUACACAAAGGCAUGAUGUUGGCGACCGUGCUUGCGUUAGAACUACUUGUGAUGUUUGGCGGCUCCCUGAUCCGCCCCGCCAACUCAUAUAGCAAUAUAUAGCCUGGGAUAUAUUCACUAUUGUUUUCCAAUGCUUGGCGGCUCAAAGAGCCGCCUGGAAAAAAAAGUCAGGGCUGCCUUUGUCAAUGGAAGAUUUUUGGCGGCUCCCUGAGCCGCCUUCUGAUGUAACAAAACACUAAACAAAACACAUGUUGUCAGUUUCUGUUUAGAAGUGUUUGGCGGCCCCAUGAGCCGCUCACAUGUAUAGAAGUGUGUUUUCUAGCUAAAGAUACCAGUGCGGUGACACACGAACACACCAAACACAACAAACGUAAGCCAAUUAAGCAAAUACCAAAAAGUUGUGCAAACAAAACACUAACAUGUUGAAAGUUAGUUUUACUUACCAAACUUAUAAACUACUUUUACACAUAACUUAGACAAUUUUAGUACAGCAAUUUCAAAAGGCUCAGAUUGUAAGUUUUGUAAGUUAACUUACAAGUUUUCUGUGUGGUGUAACUGCUGUAACUUAUUAAUAAGUUCCAUGUAGUGUCUGUCGUCGCUCCGUGCAGGACCCCUAUAGCUCUAUGUCCACUUCCGCAGCACUGAGCUUGGCGCGCUUAAUAAUUACUCUUCGUGGUGAGCACGUGAAAACGGCGGGCUGUUGGAGGGUAGCCGGAACAAGUUGGUGAGUCAAAAUCCUUUGGUGAGGGAACACCACAUGCGAGAUUGAUGAUAUUUGGUUACCAUGGAUGAUUUUGGGGGAAAACCAUGUCCGCGUUUAAUUCCUACUUUUGCUGAGGGUGGGUCCGGACACCUUCUAAGAAUGUAUCCGGGAGCCCUUUGGUUAAUGAACAGUUGGGGUUUUCCACUUCCAUGUUGGUGAAUCGGAGUGUACAGAAGCUCUUGAACUAUAUAAUAUUUGCUGUAUACCCUCUGUCUGCCCAAGUGUGAAAGGAAAAACAUCGAGAUCGUUCCAUGAGGCAGGCUACUCUGCGCCUGCGCCGCUUCCACCGGAACCGAUCCCGGAGCCGAUCGAGAAGUACAUGGAGCCCGAACCGAAGUUUGUGGAGGAGGUGAUUGAGGACCCGGAGGAAUCAGGAGAUGACUGGGUGAAGGUCUCACGUCCAGCACCGCGGCCGGUGGAGACACGUGUGGCGUUGAGCUACAUCGAUGGCGAGCCCGUGUCGAAGCCGGGUGGAGUCAGCGACAUGCUACGGAGUUCGUUGCGCUCGCAUGGCCUCACCAGCAUGGAGGUGAGCCAGUUAGAGCAAACCCUCGAGGCUAGGAGUUGCAAAGCCUUAGCGGUGGCUGCCGCCACCUUCGAAGGUGCCAUGAGGUUGGCGCGGCUUGGUGGCAUCCAAAGCAAAGUCUCCCAGGAGAACUUUGCAAGAGCUUGGCACCAGGCUGCUGCAUCGAUGAUGGCAUUGGAUGGAGCUUCUCGUUCCAAAUCUGCGAAGUUGGCGGACUUGGUGAAGGAGCAAGACUGGGAGGCCUGCACCAACGUCCUCAUGCAGCGGAUGAAGGUCUCCCAGCCGAAGGACUUGCUUCCCCUCAUGCGAGGCUUGCUGCACCAUGUGGCUGAAGAGGCACGGGUGAAGUCGGAGGCGGAGAAGCAAGCUAAGGUUCUUCCCUACUUGCUGGGGCUCUAUGGCCCUGAGGCGGUGGCCGAGGCGGAGAGGAGCACCACGGUGGCUCAGGCCGAAUGGCGAUAUUCUUGGAUGGUGAGGUCCUUCUUCGAUGCAAAGACACUUCAAUGCCUGCAAGCCGAGGUUUUGAAGGCCUACGAGGCGAACGAGUUCCAGGCGGCGUGUGAAGAGCUGAACGACAGUUGGGACUCCUCCAUGUGCAUGCCUUUGGAUCGCAAGAUGCACUCCAUCGAGGAUCUGUGCCUCCAGCGUGCGCUGAAGCGAAUUCUGCCACGCUAUGGUUUUAAACCUGACGCCGAGGGGUUGGCCGAGAUGAAGCAGGUCGUUGCCACGAUGUCAAAGACUGACACAGAGGUCCGUCGGACACAAAUGCAGAUCACAGCAGCAGUCAUGAAGAAGUUCAAACUUUGAGAGAGCUUGCGCAUGCAAACGCGCUGACCGUGCGUUGGCGUUUCGCCGCCUGUGCCAAGCAUGAAGUCUUGGUGAAAAAAAAAAGAACACACA